CGUUUUCAAAACCCUCGCUCCCAAACCUCUCUUUUUCUCUCUCUAAAGCCGUUCUUCACUCUCUUUCUCUCCCUAAAUACAAACCCUAGCUCUUAUCUUUUAUAGGGUUUUAAUAGUAAUAAUAAUAAAAUAAUCAAAGAACCCUCUUUAUAUUCAGAAUAGAAUUUGGAAUUGUAUUAUCAAAACUGGGUUUUUUGUUUAAAAAAAAUAGUGUGGAAAGCGAGAAAGUCUUUUGCUUUUUUUUUUUCGGAGUAAUUUGAAACAAAGAGAGAGGGAGAGAGAUGGUAAGCGGGGCAAGAGUCGAAGGAUAUAUCUCACCGCGAGUAAGGAAGACAAUACAGUCAAUUAAGGAAAUAGUCGGCAAUCACUCUGAUGAUGAUAUCUAUGUUGCCUUGAAAGAGGCCAACAUGGAUCCUAAUGAAACUGCCCAGAAAUUGCUUCAUCAAGAUACAUUUCAUGUAGUAAGGAGAAAAGGAGAUAGGAAGAAAGAGAGCAUUGGGUACCAAGUUACCAUGGAUCCAAGAAAUCAUUCUGAGAAUGUUGGUCAAGGGAUGAAAUUUCGUACGUAUCCUGAACGUGGUUCUCAAAGAGGAGUCUAUACUCGGAAUGCUUUGCCUGAUGCAGGAGUCAACAGAGAGUUUCGUGUAGUAAGGGACAAUAGAGUUAAUCAAAAUGCAAAUAAAGAUACGAAGCCUCCUUUCCUGCAAAUCUCAACUUCUGGAAAUGAGCAAGUGCCCAUGAAUGUUGCUGAAAAGGGAGUGCUCCAAGUGUUAUACUUUUUAUUACCAUUCUGCAGUUCAACCGGAACACCAAGCAAUCAGAGACCUCGGAGUUCAUCUCAAACUUCAAAUGCACCAUUCAGUUCAAAACUGAGACAUGCUCGGGUUGCAAAUUCAAGUGGUAUUGAUAGGAAAGAAUUGGAGGAAAAGCAAACUUUUAUACCUAAUGCUGUUUCUCGGUCACUGGCAGUGAAGCCCGAUUAUACUCAAGCACAUUCUGCCACUCAAUCAUCAAGCAGCUCGGUUGUUGGGGUUUAUUCAUCCUCUACUGAUCCUGUUCAUGUUCCUUCUCCUGAUUCUAGAUCAUCUGCUGCUGUUGGAGCUAUUAAGCGUGAAGUUGGGGUUGUGGGUGUUCGCCGUCAGCGUUCUGAAAAUGCUGUCAAAGAUUCAACUGCAGCAAGUGGUUCUCUCUCCAAUUCACUUGUAGUGAGGGACACUUCAUCAGAGGCAUUUCGACCUUUUCCUGCAAUUUCUAGAGCAGACCAGCUCAGCCAUAAUAGUGCAACUGAAUCUGUCAUGCCAGGGAUUUCUAGAAGCAGGUCAUUUAUGAGCAAUCAGUAUGGGAGCAGGCAACAUCAACAAGUGUUAGGUCAUCAAAAAGCUAACCAACAUAAUAAAGAAUGGAAACCAAAAUCAAGCCAAAAGUCAAGUGCUAAUAAUCCUGGAGUUAUUGGUACACCUAAGAAGUCUGCUUCACCUCCUGCUGAUGAUGCCAAGGACAUGGAUUCAGAAACAGCUAAAUUGCAAGAUAAGUUUUCUCAAGUAAAUAUCAAUGAGAAUGAGAAUGUUAUCAUAGCACAGCACAUUCGAGUCCCAGAGAAUGAACGCCGUCGACUUACUUUUGGCAGCUUUGGAGUGGAAUUUGAUUCGUCAAGGAAUUUUGUGCCUGAUUUUCAAGUCACUGGUGUUGCAGAAGACUCAAAUGGGGAAUCUGCUGCUAGUUUGUCUGUGUCUGCUCCCAAAACUUCCUGUCAUGCUGCUGGUGGUGGCAAUCCCAUUGACACUUUAGAUGAUCAACUUAGAAAUUCUGGAUCUGAUUCUCCACCUUCUGGUACUGCAUCUGAGCAUCAAUUGCCUGAUAAGAAAGACACUUCAAGUCCCCAGAAUUUGGACAGUUACGCCGAUAUAGGAAUGAUCCAGGACAACAGUCCAUCCUAUGCUCCUUCAGAGUCACAGCAGCAGCAGGAUCCUCCUGAGUUACCUAGUUUUUCGCAGGCAUAUGAUCCCCAAACUGGUUAUGAUUUUCCAUAUUUCAGACCCCCAAUAGAUGAAACCGCGAGAGGACAGGGUCUACCAUCCCCUCUGGAGGCCUUAAGCAUGCAUGCUGCGAACAUCCCUGCAUCAACAAUACCAAUGGUGCAGCAGCAACAACCACCAGUAGCGCAGAUGUAUCCUCAAGUUCAUGUGUCCCAUUUUCCUAAUCUUAUGGCAUAUCGUCAGUUUGUCUCCCCAAUUUAUCUACCACAGAUGGCGAUGCCAGGUUAUUCCAGUAACCCUGCUUAUCCGCACCCAUCGAAUGGUAGCAACUAUGUGCUCAUGCCAGGAGGUAGUUCUCAUCUUAAUGCAAAUGGCCUCAAGUAUGGAAUUCAGCAGUUCAAACCACUUCCUGCUGGUAGUCAUGGGUUUGGAAAUUUUACCAGUCCCUCUGGGUAUGCGAUCAAUGCUCCUGGUGUAGUCGGGAAUGCAACAGGUCUUGAAGAUUCAUCUCGGAUCAAAUAUAAAGAUGGCAAUAUCUAUGUUCAAAAUCAACAGGCUGAUGCAUCAGAUCUCUGGAUUCAGAACCCGAGGGAGCUAUCGGGCUUGCAAUCCGCUCCAUACUACAAUAUGCCACAAACACCUCAUGGUUAUAUGCAAUCUCACACAGGCCAUGCAUCUUUUAGUUCUGCUGUGCCACAAUCUUCUCACAUGCAAUUCUCAGGGCUGUACCAUCCUCCACAGCCUGCUGCAAUGGCAAACCCACAUCAUCUAGGUCCUGCCAUCGGUGCUAAUGUUGGUGUUGGGGUUGCUUCAGCUGCUUCUGUGGCUCAAGUAGGUGCUUACCAACAGCCUCAAUUGGGUCAUCUUAACUGGACAACAAACUUCUGAAUGGUGUCAACCUAACCCUUUCUCUUGUAAUAGAGUGAAGUAGCUAUAGAAAUUUUAAGUUUUCUUUGUGAAACAACCCGCAAUCAUUUUAAUUCAAUACAUAAUUGGUGUUUAAUCUCUUCCUGUUUUUAUUAAAUUGCACUAAGCUUGAAAUAAAAACUUGAACAAGAUGAUCUUCUGUCCGGGUCAUGCCAAAUUACGAAUCAUGCUACUGUAGCUGCGAAAAUGGAUUUGGUUCACUUGGUAACUUAUUACACACUGGACUCAAUCACCUAAGCUUUACGUAGGUCAUUAACGCGGGGAUAUACAUGCAUGUGCUGUUGUCUUUUUCAUCCUUCUGUUAUUUUUGAAGGGUCUGUAUUGCAGCAAAGAUUCUUUCAUGUUAUUUUUGUUGGAGGGAAAAAGGGAAAGAACAGGGAGUCACUGCUGGGGGCUUUGUGUGUGUGUGUGUGUCCGUGUGUGUGUGUGUCUGUGUGUCUUUGUGUAGAGGUCGUAGGUAUAGGACUCUGUGCUUUAUGCCUUGGAUUGCAAACACAUUAGCUGCCCCAUUGCCCUUCCCUUGCCUA